GGCUGUUUCAAAUCGAGGCGCCCAGGCGUUUCAAAUAGAGGCGCCCAGGACCCUGGGCAGAGACGGGGUUCGUAGUACCGCAGCUCGGACUGGUGCGGACCGACCCCACGGCCGGAGCACCGGGUGGAGAGCGGGACGCUGAGCUUGAUCUGCCGUCGUCAGUCUUGCAGCCCCCGGCAGCGCCCAGGCCCGGCGCCCGCCCGACAGCGCAGGCCUCCGUCGCCCGGCUUAAUUUUUGGCGGCAACGGUCAUGGCGUCCCAGCCAAAUUCUGCGAAGAAAGAUGACAAGGGGAAGAACAUCCAGGUGGUGGUGAGGUGCAGACCAUUUAAUUUGGCAGAGCGGAAAAUUAACGCCCAUCCAGUAGUAGAAUGCAAUCAUGCUCGGAAAGAAGUGAGUGUACGCACUGGAGGAUUGACCGACAAGAGCUCGAGGAAAAUGUAUACUUUUGAUAUGGUAUUUGGAGCAUCAACUAAGCAAAUUGAUGUUUACCGAAGUGUUGUUUGUCCAAUUCUGGAUGAAGUGAUUAUGGGCUAUAAUUGCACUAUCUUUGCAUAUGGCCAAACCGGCACUGGAAAAACUUUUACAAUGGAAGGUGAAAGGUCACCUAAUGAAGUGUAUACCUGGGAGGAGGAUCCCUUGGCUGGUAUAAUUCCACGUACUCUUCAUCAAAUUUUUGAGAAACUUUCUGAUAAUGGUACUGAAUUUUCCGUCAAAGUGUCUCUGUUGGAAAUCUAUAAUGAAGAACUUUUUGACCUUCUUAAUCCAUCUUCUGAUGUUUCUGAGAGACUACAGAUGUUUGAUGAUCCCCGUAACAAGAGGGGCGUGAUAAUCAAAGGGUUAGAAGAAAUUACAGUCCACAACAAGGAUGAAGUCUAUCAAAUUUUGGAAAAGGGAGCAGCUAGAAGGAAAACUGCAGCAACCCUAAUGAACGCAUACUCUAGUCGUUCCCACUCAGUUUUCUCUGUUACAAUCCAUAUGAAAGAAACUACAAUCGAUGGAGAAGAGCUUGUUAAAAUUGGAAAACUGAACUUGGUUGAUCUCGCCGGAAGUGAAAACAUUGGCCGUUCUGGAGCUGUAGACAAGAGAGCUCGGGAAGCCGGAAAUAUCAAUCAGUCCCUUUUGACUUUGGGAAGGGUUAUUACUGCUCUCGUAGAAAAAACACCUCACGUCCCUUAUCGAGAAUCUAAACUAACUAGAAUCCUUCAGGAUUCUCUUGGGGGGCGUACAAGAACAUCUAUAAUCGCAACAAUUUCUCCUUCAUCUGUCAAUCUUGAGGAAACUCUGAGCACACUGGAAUAUGCUCAUAGAGCAAAGAACAUACUGAAUAAGCCUGAAGUCAAUCAGAAACUCACCAAAAAAGCUCUUAUUAAGGAGUACACGGAAGAGAUAGAGCGUCUGAAACGAGAUCUUGCUGCGGCUCGUGAGAAAAAUGGGGUGUACAUUUCUGAAGAAAAUUUUAGAGCUAUGAAUGGAAAAUUAACUGUUCAAGAAGAACAAAUUGUAGAAUUAAUUGAAAAAAUUGGUGCCCUUGAGGAAGAACUGAGUAGGGUUACAGAGUUAUUUAUGGAUAAUAAAAAUGAACUCGACCAGUGUAAAUCUGACCUGCAAAAUAAGACCCACGAACUUGAAGUCACUCAGAAACAUUUGGAAGAAACUAAAUUCCAGCUUGUCCAAGAAGAAUAUAUCACAUCAGCUUUGGAAAGCACCGAAGAGAAACUUCAUGACGCGGCCAGCAAGCUGCUUACUACAGUUGAAGAAACAACAAAAGAUGUAUCUGGUCUCCAUUCUAAGCUGGAUCGUAAGAAAGCAAUUGACCAGCACAAUGCAGAAACUCAGGAUGUUUUUGGUAAAAAUCUGAACAAUCUGUUUAAUAAUAUGGAAGAAUUAAUCAGAGAUGGCAGCUUAAAGCAAAAGGCUAUGCUAGAAGUUCACAAGACCCUGUUCGGUAACCUGCUGUCUUCCAGCGUCUCUGCACUGGACACCAUUACUACGACAGCCCUUGGAUCACUCACAUCUAUUCCAGAAAACGUGUCUGCUCAUGUUUCUCAGAUGUCUAACAUGCUUCUAAAAGAACAGUCAUUAGCAGCAGAAAGUAAAUCUGAACUGCAGCAAUUGAUUAAUGUUCUUAAGACUGACCUUCUAAGUUCACUGAAAACAGUAUUGUCUCCCACUGUGGUGUCAAUAUUGAAAAUCAAGAGUCAACUUAUGCAUAUUUUCAAGACUUCAUUGACAGUGGCUGAGAAGAUAGAAGAUCAGAAAAAGGAAAUGGAUGAGUUUCUUAAUAUUCUAUGUAACAAUCUACAUGAACUGCAAGAAAAUACAAUUUUAUCCUUGGUUGAAUCACAGAAGCUGUGUGAUAGCUUAACUGAAGACCUCAAGACAGUUAAGCAAACCUAUUCACAGGAACUACGCCAGUCAAUCAGUCUUUGGGAAGAGCGAUUCUGUGCUUUGGAGGAAAAGUGUGAAAACAUCCAGAAACCACUUAGUAGGGUCCAAGAAAAUAUAGAGCAGAAGUCUAAGGACACCAUCGACAAAACAGCUUUUCACAGUAAACACUUCUGUGCGGAUUCCCAUGACUUAUCACAGACACUCAGACAUUUUAAUCAAGAAGGUACAAAAUUGGUUGAAGAGUCCAUAAAACAUUGUGAAAAACUCAAUGUUGACCUGGAAAAAACAUGUCGAGAGACUGAACGAAGAUGUGAGUCUCUGAACUCAAGCAUGGUCUGUUUCUCAGAGCAGUGGGUAUCCUGCCUAAACAAAGGAGAAGAGGAACUGCAGAGCUUCCUGGAGGUUGUACACCAGUGCUGUGAGUCUUCGAGUUCAGAGCUCACUGGAAAGUUAAGUGAGCACAAAGCAGCCAAUGAGAACCAGCGCACUGCUUUUAUUGACCAGAUAAAUGCUGAUGAUGAAAAAUUGAUGGCACAAAAUCUAGAGCUUAAUGAAACUAUAAAAAUCGGCUCGACUAAGCUGAAUUGCUUUCUGCAGCAAGAUCUGAAACUGGACGUCCCAACAGGUACGACACCAGAGAGGAAAAGCUAUUCAUACCCAUCGACACUGGUGAGAACCGAACCACGCCAGCAGCUCCUCGACCAGCUGAAAAGGAGACAGCCUGAGCUCUUAAUGAUGCUCAACUGUCCAGAAAACAAACAGGACACCAGCCAGGAUAUGGAUGAAGAUAGUGUCCUGGAACCCUGCAUUGAAGAAGCUCCAAGUCUAAAGACCCCUGUAGACGCCGAUGUGGAUUGUCCGUCGAGUGGCGGCGUCCCGUUUUUCCAGCAUAAAAAAUCACGUGGGAAAGACAAAGAAAACAGAGCCAUUAACCCAGAGGAGAAGACUAAAGUGGAGGACACUACAGAGCACACAGUUACGAAGAGCAGAUUACCUCUGCGAGCCCAGAUAAAUCUUUAGUUAGCUUGAGAGUCAGGGAUUUUAUUUUUAAGAAAAAUUAAAAGUAAAACCCUGAAACUCCAAAAUUCAAGCCCUUGUGUACAGAUUUAAAAAUCGUAGACAGUAUCAAGGCAGUACUGUAAAUUUAGUUGGACUGAAUUUCUAGCCAUUUUUCUGACAUCCCUGUAGUGCAUUGGGUAUUCAGUUGCGUUUUAUUUGGGAUUUGCUUGCAUAAAUAUAUCUUUUUAGCCUUUUAUAUAUAAAAGAACUCUUUUAUAACAAAUGAAAGCCAUUUUUCUUAUAUAUUAUUACAAUGCAUAAAUAGGAGCUGCCCUGUUCUAGGCCUGAACUUAUGUAGGUACAUGUCACCUGCACCUGGCCUUGGAAAGGACCAUGUCAUUUCUCUCCUUGCUGUGACUCGAGUCUGUAUUUCUUACUCCUCCCCAGACUUUCCUACUUUGUCCUCUCUAGAUCACUUUUCCCCUUUUUGUCACCAAACCGUUCAUAGAGCUACAGGAAGAGAUCCUUUCUUAUGAGCUAGCCAGACUUUUACCGUACUAUCUUAAUGCUUUCCAUCCUCACUAUCUGAAUUCUAUCUUUUGGUUAUAGCCAAAAAAAAAAAAACUAUUAAUAAACAUGACCGUAUAAAUUUCUCUUCUUUCAAUACUUUGAAUUUGUUUCCCCCCCAGAUGUGAAUUUUUUUUAUGAGGCCUACACUUAGCUCCUACAGAAUUCACAAAAAGCCAACUUCUGCAGAACAUAAAUUGGUGUCACGGGAGAACUGCCUGGAUCCCUGCGUAAUGGCGCUUAACGGUGCGGGGCUGCUGCGGCCCCACUCUAAGGCCUGUGUCUGCGAGAGGGUCACAGUGAUUGAAGGAGUUUUUGGAGACUACCAAUUAGAUUGUAAUUUAUAUUCCUUUGUUUA